UAUAAAAGACUAAAUUGGGGUGUAAAAUUUACAAUUACACAGAAAAAGAAGAGAGUUCACCAUGGCUUCCAACAACUUCAAGUUUGAUUCGCAUUUAACGUUAGGUCAAUGUUCUCAUGAAAUUACUAACAAGGUUUGUGUCCAUCUAACACUAGGUAAGUGCCUCUGCACUUCAACAACAACCGAUGAGACACAACAAGUCAUCGAUUCAUCUACCAAAAAGAGGAAGCUUGUGAAACAAGCAACCAAUGAUGAAGAGAACAAGAAGAAGAAGAAGAAGAAGAUGAAGAGUACAAAGACAAGAAACGAUGAAGAGAGAAAGUGGGGUUACUCACUUGACUUGAUGCUAUACGAUGACCCUUGGAAGAUCAAGAAAGUGUUGGAAAAUAGUGAUCUUGGAAGUAAUAGUAGACUCAUGUUGAAUAAAAUGUCGGCUGAGGAUUUUGUUUUGCCUAUUUUGAAUUGUAAUACCGACGAUGAAAUUAAAGUUACAAUCUUGGAUAUUGACACUAACUCUUUUCACACUCUCAAAUUCAAGAAAUUGGCUUCUUCAAAAAGCUACAUUUUCAAGAGUGGUUGGAUCAAGAAAUUUGUACUUAGAAGAGAUUUAAAGAAAGGAGAUGAGAUUGGUUUUCAUUGGGAUCAAUACAACAACCGAUUUAAUUUCACUGUUUUUAAGGUCUAUGGAAAUAGACCCUAG